AUGGAUUAUGGAUGGACAAGGAACCUACAAAUUAGGAGCCUGCUGAAAAUAAUCUACAUCCUCCCAACAGUGGCUUAUGGUGAGUAACAUCAGUGCUUUUUACCUGGAUGUACUGAAGAGUACGCAGUACUUCCACCUCCCACCCCCAAAUGUUAAAAGUGUGGGUACUUACUGUAACAACUUCAUGAUGAGUAUCUACAUCUUUUUUUCUUAAAAAAAGGAAGAAGCACUGAGUAACUUCCUCCUCCUCCUCCUCCUCCUCCUCCUCCUCCUCCUCCUCCUCCUCCUCCUCUUCUUCUUCUUCUUCUUCUUCUUCUUCUUCUUCUUCUAUCUCCUAGCUUUGCCCCAGGCUGGGACUCAAGGCAACUUAAACAAAUUAAAACAAGGAUACAUAUUUUUUAAGUGAAAUAUAAUAGUUAAAAAGUAUGUAAGCUCAAAUAGAAUUAAACCAAUAUUUAAAAAUCAAUGAAAAUGCAGAUAGCAACACAGUGCAGCACUAUUAAAAGCCCUUUUCUUAAAAAAACAACAACCAGAUCCCCAAGGCCUCUCAGAAUAAAACAUUCACCUGCCAGUGGAUGGGCAACAAGGAGGGAGCCAGUCUCGCUUCUCUAGGGAGGGAGUUCCAAAGUCUGGGAGCAGCCACUGAGAAGGCCCUCUCCCAUGUCCCCAUCAAGCAUGCCUUGAGGGUGAUGGUACCAAGAAAAGGGCCUUCAAAAUAUGGGCAGGUUCAUAUUGGAGAAUAUGUUCCUUCAGAUAGCCUGGGCCUAAGCCGUAUAGAAAUUUUGCCAGGCCAGCUACAGUAGAAAAACUGUAUGUGUCUAUACCAGGGUUUCCCAAACUUGAAUCUCCCGCUCUUCUUGGACUACAACUCCCAUCAUCCCUAGGUAGCAGGACCAGUGGUCAGGGAUUAUGGAAAUUAUAGUCUAAAAGCAACUGGAGACCAAAGUUUGGGGAACCUUGAUCUACAUUCUGGAUGGGGAGAUCGGUGGAGCGGGGGAGAAAUUUAUUCACUUCAUAUUUAAAGGUGAGCCUACAUAAUUCAUGGGAAAGUGGGUGGCGCUGUAGGUUAAACCACAGAGCCUAGGACUUGCUGAUCAGAAGGUUGGCAGUUCGAAUCCCCGCAAUGGGGUGAGCUUCUGUUGCUCAGUCCCAGCUCCUGCCAACCUAGCAGUGCGAAAGCACAUCAAAAUGCAAGUAGAUAAAUAGGUACCGCUCCGGCAGGAAGGUAAACCGUGUUUCCGUGCGCUGCUCUGGUUCGCCAGAAGCAGCUUAGUCAUGCUGGCCACAUGACCCGGAAGCUGUACACCGGCUCCCUUGGCCAAUAAAGCGAGAUGAGCGCCGCAACCCCAGAGUCAUCCAAGACUGGACCUAAUGGUCAGGGUUCCCUUUACUUUUUACCUAAUUCAUACUUUCCGAAUCAACAUGCAAGCCAAACCUCGGCCAUCCUUGGAAACUCACACUUCUCCAAUGUAUGCCAUGCAGUUCUCCAGCCAGGUAAUGUGUAGAAAAAACAUGCCUAUGUUUAGUGAAAAUAGCAUACAAAGCUACGUGAGAUUAAGGGAAAUUGCACUGCAAAAAACAAUGUGUAUAUUUCGAUUUGAUAUCCCACUUUAUCACUACCCUAAGGAGUCUCAAAGCGGCUAACAAUCUGCUUUCCCUUCCUCCCCCACAACAAACACUCUGUGAGGUGAGUGAGACUGAGAGACUUCAGAGAAGUGUGACUAGCCCAAGGUCACCCAGCAGUUGCAUGUGGAGGAGCGGGGAAUCAAACCCGGUUCACCAGAUUACAGGUCCACCGCUCUUAACCACUACACCACACUGGCUAAAUUGCCUACAAAAACACCUUUGUUAGGAGGAACUCACACUAAAAGGCUAGCAAAUUUUCAUGAUGAUUAAAGAAAAAGAAGAAAUGAACCAUAAAUUGCAGCAGAAAUGUGGAGAUCUGGAUUUAAUAUAGGAAAAUGAGAAACUGACAGAACCUAAAUGACAGAUUCGUUCAUUCCUAAGCAAUUGUUGUCAGUGCCGUGGUCCAUGACCAAGUAUAGAUAGCUAUCCAGUUGUAUAUUAUACGCUACCUAGGCUGGACUACUUUAAUGUGCUGUGUCUGAGACUCUCUUUAAAUAUGAUUUGGAAAGUUCAGCUGUUUCAGAAUGUGGUCACCUCAGUCCUGACAGGCUACACAUUCAGAUCACUUUGACACCAUAUAUAGCUUUUGGACACAGAGGUUCCAGUUAUUUGUAAGAACUUGAUGAAAGAUUGACUAAAUCCAGCCAGCUGGCACUGCUGAGAGUGCCAGGUCAUUAAAUAAAAUUAUUAAGAGCUCCUCAAAGCAAACAUUAGCAGUGGGUCCUUCUUGGAUGCCGGGCUCUGAUGCCGGCCUUGGCAACAAAACUACCCCUCCUAUUUCAAGUUAACAGGGUCCAAUGAAGGUCUUUGCCUGAGAUAUGUGGCUGAUGUUCUGGAACAUCAUAAGAAGCAUAGCUUGCUACUUUAUAUGUUAUGAGGCUAAUUUUGAACUGGUGACAGCAGACUGUAGUGCAGUUAUAUAUCUAUAUUGAUAUCCAAUCAAUGCAGUGGACUGGGAAAUGGCAGAGCAGAUGGAUGCUCAGGCAGCCCAAUGUUUAAUAGGUGGAUGGAGAGUAUUCGAGGAAUCAUUGUUAGUAUGAAAAUAGAAGUGUCACUGGCAUGUUCCAAUUAUGAAAUAUUGCAGGGUGCAUUUGUAUAAGCUGCCCACAGUUUUUGAGAAGGAGCGGGAUAUAAACUGGGAGCUCCGUGCUUUGUGUGCAGAAGAUUGCAGGCAUCAUUAUCUUCUGUUAAAGGGCUAAAGUAACUGGAAUUUAGGAUGGACAAAUCUGUUAAUUUCUGUUUCUUUCCAUUUUUCUUUCCAUUUUUUUCAAUCUUAAAUUCAGUUCUCAUUUCUUCACCAGUUUGGAUGCUUAAAUAAAAAAAUAACUCCUCAUGAAAAAGUAGCUAGCAUUUUAAUUCACCUCCUAAUAUUUAUAUUUUUUUGUACAGUGGUACCUCGGGUUACAGACGCUUCAGGUUACAGACUCUGCUAACCCAGAAAUAGUACCUUGGGUUAAGAACUUUGCUUCAGGAUGAGAACAGAAAUCGUGCAGCAGUGGCACGGCGGCAGCAGGAGGCCCCCUUAGCUAAAGUGGUACCUCAGGUUAAGAACAGUUUCAGGUUAAGAACGGACCUCCAGAACGAAUUAAGUUCUGAACCUGAGGUACCACUCUAUAUUAUUUUGCCCAAAGUAUACAUUUUGGGGAGGAAAGCAGUACAUCCAAAUAAAAUACACUCUUGUCUGUUAUCCUCACUAAUGUAUGCAUCUUAAUGCACUUUUGCCUAAUUUGCAUGUUUUUGUAUGCAUUAUUUGGAUGCGGAACUGCAUUGCAAAAUUCAGAAAAGUGCGGAUUUAAAAAGAGGUGAUUGUUUUGUGAAGUCUGAAUUAGGUAUAUUCACAUUUAGAUGUGAACUGACUUCUUCCUCCCUAUUGGGAAAGUCCUCUGGGCUACAUGGUUCUAUAUGGUAAAAUAAUCCAUUGUGUUACAACGCCAUUUCCUAAUAUCCUCAACUAAAUGAAUGAGGAAAACAUAGAAAAUAUGUUGUCCAAUGUAGCACUAAGCAGCUCCUUCCACCAGCACAAGGAUUUAUGCUUAAGUGACAUAACUUACCACAUCUUCUCCCCCUGUGUGCCCCCUAAAUCUAUUAUGGGGUUCUCUGAACCUCCUGGGCAGAUUGGGAGAAGUUACAGAGUUGCAGGAGGGAAAACAUUCUAUUGCACUAGCAUAAAUCCAUAUGCUAGUGGAAUAAGUACUGGCGCCCCUUGAGCUGUGUCCAUUGCGAAACCUGCUGAUAUUAGUUGCAAAGGGAUUCCUGGAAAACUUAAGCUGCUUGUUUCCUCUAGGUCAGCUGCUCCCUUUAAAAGAAACCAAGUAUGAGGAACAUGUGGUCAAAGGGGUGCGCGAUCGCUCGGUGCUGCUGCCAUGCGGUGAUGCGGCUUCACCCAUGGUUGUCUUCUGGAGUUUCACCAAGCUGGGCUCGGACAUCCCCAGAGCUGUGGCAAUCAGCAACGGCGUAGAGUCCAAAGUGGAGAGGGGCUCUGGUGUUCUGGGGAAUGUGACGUUGGAUAACACCACCCUGGAGAUCGAGAACCUGAAAACGGCAGCGGAAGGGCGCUUCCUGUGCCAGGCAAUGUAUGGCGAAGAAGAUGAGAUCAAAGUUGUUUAUUUCUAUAUUGAGCUCAUCGUUUUGGGUAAGUAGCUUUGCGUGCCUGAAAUGCAGAAGGAUUGUUCCUUGAGAGCCUCUGUGCUUCUCUGAAAAUGCUGCUGAACUAUACAACUCCUUGGCCAUUGAUCAUGUUGGCUGAGGCCUCAUUAAUGUCAUCUCCUCAUUUAGGGAAGGCGAGAUUUAGAGCAGAGAAGCAGCAGUGGGGAGGGAUGUUUUAACUCUUCGAUCACUUGUCACUUCUCAACACCAAAUUGUGUACCCCCAAAAUCCCCCCUCUCAGGGUUCCAUGUGUGUUUAUCUUGAAAUGUGUUUGGGAACCUACAAGGGGGAAAGGAGCCAAGGAGAUGAAUGUGGAAAACAGGGGGAAAGGAAAGGGAUUCAGAAAGAACAACUGGCCCAAUCUGUUUUGAAUUUGUGUCGCUUUCGAAUGUGCCCAUGUGUAUAAGACCUGUCCAUCUUGUUUCUAUGUUGACUUGCAUUUUAAAAUCGGCAUGAAAAUCCAGAAUGAAUUUGUUCUGCUGCAAAAUAUUUUGUAGCAGAAGUGAAUGCUUCCAUGGAUGCUUCCAUGGAGAACCCAAGGUCAGAGAGAUUGUGCGGGAAAUUUUGGUUUGGGUCUCCACCUUUUCCAGGUUAAGUGGGCCCCACUUAGGACCUUUGCAACGGUUUCCCCCCUCCCCAUCCUGGAGCCAGGAUAGUCUGGCAGAAUGCAACAGCUGGACUCAGGUCAAUGGGCAAAAUUGAAAACAAUAUACAGAUGUGCUUGGGGGGUUCCUGCGCAAACAGCAGCCUGGCUCAUCUUGAUCAGAGCUGUCAAGGAUCCUGUCUACUGAAAGCACCUUAGGAAUGUCAGCCAGCACACUCUGGCCUCUUGAAAUUUGUCCAGAGAUAAAAAACGGUUGCAGCCAAGUAAUUGGAUCUCCGCAAAAAGAGUUAACAUUCCUGCCUCGGGUGUGCUGGUCAGAAGGCCUUUCUAAGAGGCACAUUGGGGGAACGUGUAUCCCAGGUUUCAUGUGUGUCAUCCAGACAUCCGGUCCUCUUGUGUAUGCAGAAUGAUGCAGCUGGGCUUUCAUGGUCCUGUAUUUUGCUGCUGGUGGGGUUGGUUAAACUCAAGUUGUCAAAUACUCUUCUUGUUGCUGGGGGAUUAUCUCUCAGAAGUAUGUAGCUGCCAUUCAUUGCCAGCAGUUCAAUUGGAGUGGCUUGUGUUUGCUUUCCGACAGGGGACGAUUUAAUCCUUUUCUCAUCUUAAGGCAGUCAGCCUUGUAUUUCCCAGCACCAGUUGUAAAUUAAGGGGAGGGAAACAUACAUUGCAAUUUUCAGCUAAGAAAAUGCAUGUGAGGGUGAUUGGGAUCCCUUCUCUCAGUCUCUCAUCCCAGGAUAGUCACUAUGAUGACUAUAUCCUCCCUUCAGGACCAGAGGCUAAGUUACAAUAUUCAAAGCUUUUCAAUUUAGAAAAAAGAGGCGAGCAAGGGAGGGGUCAUUGUGCAUGACAAAAGUGAAUAGAGAAGUUCCUUCUCCCUUGUAAUAGUAGAACUUGGGGCAAUCCAAUGAAUGGAAGGAGGUGAAAGUACUUCACGGGGUAUAGUUACUUCUACAAGAUGUGGCAACAGCCAAGAAUGUAAAUAGAUUUAAAAGUGGGUGGGAGAUCGACUGUUCUUGAUGGGGUUACACUUCCUCUGAAGAAGAAGGUUUGUAGCUUGAGGGUCCUCCUGGAUCCUUUGCUGUCACCUGAGGCUCAGGUGACCUCAGUGGCCCAGAGUGCCUUCCAUCACCUUCGGCUGGUGGCCCAGCUACGCCCCUAUCUGGACAGGGAUAGACUAACUAUUGUUGUCUAUGCUAUGGUAACCUCAAGGUUAAUUUACUGCAAUGCGUUAUAUGUAGGGUAUAGGGCAGUGUAUAAAUUCAAUAAAUACUACUACUACUACUACUACUAAUAAUAAUAAUAAUAAUUUAGAUCAAUUCAUGGAUGAUAAGUUUAUCAGUGUCUACUAGCUAUGAAGGCUAAUGACUCCAUCCAAGAUCAGAGGGAGCAUGCCUUUAAAUUACCAGUUGCUGGGAAACAAUCAUGAGAGAUUAUAAUAAUAAUAACUUCUUCUUCUUCUUCUUCUUCUUCUUCUUCUUCUUCUUCUUCUUCUUCUUCUUCUUAUCAUCAUCAUCAUCUUAUACCCUGCCCAUCUGGCUGGGUUUCCCCAGCUGCUCUGGGUGCCUUUCAACAAGAGAUUAAAAAUACAUUAACACAUCAGUCAUUAAAAACUUCCCUAAACAGGGCUACCUUCAGAUGUCUUCUAAAUGUCAGAUAGUUGUUUAUUUCUCUGACAUCUGAUGGGAAGGGGUUCCACAGGGCAGGCGCUGCUACCGAGAAGGCCUUCUGCCUGGUUCCCGGUAACUUUACUUAUUGCAGCGAGGGAACUGCCAGAAGGCCCUCGGAGCUGGACCUCAGUGUCUGGGCUGAACGAUGGGGGUGGAGACGCUCCUUCAGGUCUACUGGGCCAAGCCAUUUAGGGCUUUAAAGGUCAGCACCAACACUUUGAAUUGUGCUCGGAAGCGUACUGGGAGCCAAGGUAGGUCUUUCAAGACCGAUGUUAUGUGGCUAUUGCCCUUCUUUCUUGAUUUCGGCCGUUGCAGAGGCAUCUUGCUAGCCAUUGUAGGAAAGACGAGGUUGGAUUAGACAAGUCUUUGGUCCAAAUCCAGCAGGGCUCUUCUGCUCUUCUUAUCCUGAAGUUUGCUCAUCCUUGAUCUACGUUCUGUUUCUGUCAUAAGAACAUAAGAAAAGUCUGCUGGAUCAGGCCAAUGACCCAUCUAACCCAGGAUCCUGUUCUCUCAGUGGUCAACCAGGUGCCUUUGGGAAGCUGGCAGGCAGGUCGUGAAUGCAAGGGCAGUCUGCCCGCCUGCGUUUCCAAACAAGUGGCGUUCGGAGGCAGAGUGGAGAUAGAGCAUAGUGCCUGGAAAGGGCAAGGGCAUAGCUGAGCUCAAGUCUAUGUUUGCUCUAUUGCAGUUCCUGUUUCAAAGCCUUUCCUGCAGAUGAACAAUUCAACGCCCGUGGAAGGCAUGCCUGUUGUGAUGACAUGUACAGUGAAGGAGGGGACGCCUCCUGUUACAUAUUCAUGGCAGCGCUACACUAACCGGGAUGGCACAGUAUCCGUCGCAGAAACAGUGGAAGGUCUAUUGAACCUGACAUCGUCUAACCGGACUCAGAUGGGCUGGUACACCUGCACCACCCAAAAUGAAGUCAAUAGCCAAACCAGUGACAGGAUGUACCUUGACGUUAUCUGUAAGUAAUUGGAGAAAGGAGCCAAAUGUUCUGGUCUUUCCAUGUCUUUCCUCAGUGCUGGAAAGGUGCUAAAAAAAUAGCAUAUUUUUUCGCUCUAUAAGACGCACCUGACCAUAAGACGCACCUAGUUUUUAAAGGAGGAAAACAAAACAAAAAAAAUUCUGAAUGAAACAGUGGAUGUAUAAUUUUUGUGGUUCAUGCUGUGGCCACAGACAUGAUAUGUGAUUUGAUGGUGAGUUUGGGGUAGCCCAAUGCAAAAAUCCUGAGAAUCCAUGUGGAUCCGUGCUUUGUAACCACGUUUGUGCGCCAUUGCGGCCCCACAAAACAGUGGAUCUGUGCUUUUUUUGGUGCAGGCUGUAGCCAUGGACAUGCUAUGGGAUCUGAUGCUGAAUUUGGGGUGACCCAAUGCAAAAACCCUGAGGAUCCAUGUGCUUUUACCUCCCCGCUCCAGGCUAGCGUCCCUUAUCUCCCUCCUGAUUGCUUGCCAAUCAGCUGCUCAGCAGCUUCAUUUCAACACCCCUUUCUCUCUUUCUUAAAAAAAAAAAGCAGGAUCUGUUUUUUGCCCCUGGGCAAUUCAGUGUUAGGGACCACGUAUUCGCUCCAUAAGACACACAGACAUUUCCCCUUACUUUUUACGAAGAAAAAAAGUGCCUCUUAUGGAGCGAAAAAUACAGUAAAUCAACAGAGUCUUGCGACUUAAAGACACAUUUAUUAUGGCAUAAGCUUUCAUUCACUUCAUCGGACGCAUGGAGGGCCUUUCCUGACAUCCUUUUUAUUGUGCAUUCAUGAUUAUUUGUGCUAUUGAUGCUACUGGGAUGGUCACAUGCUUUCAAUAUGGUUUGCCCCUGCAGAGGCUCUGGAGCAGUCACACAGCUUCAUUUCCAAUCAGUGCAUAACCUGUAACAUUCUGCUGAAACCCUGUAACUUUUUUUUUAUAAUGCAAAAUAUCUGGUUUAUUUUUGUUCCCCUGCUUUGGUUGCACUGUAGCCCCUCUGGACAGCAAUAAUGUGGCAGCAAUGGGGAAGCAUCACAGAACAAACUUAAGCGGAAUGAAUCCAUUGCUAAUUCACUGUGGUUGUGACAUGUUGCAGAAUACAUACACAAUAAAAAACAACAACACAGCAGCCUGGAGUGUCAUCUUGAGUUUCUGGUCUAUGGAGAGAGAUGGUUGGGGAUUGCACACAGUGAGAUCAGCGGAAAAUGAAAUGCAGACAGUGAUAAUUAUGCCAUUAAUGGUGUAACCGAUCUCAAAACGGACAGUCUUGGACAAAGGGACUUCAAAGGGAGACUGCAAUGCAAAACCGUGCAAUUCAAAUUCAUCAAGAGAUUCAGCUAUCCCAACAGAAUGAGAGUGGUUUAAUAACAUUUGAUACCUUGCAACAACAAGAAAAUUAAUAGAAAUGCUACCUUUUAAAGGAAAGCAAACAAAGAAUUGAACAAUUAAGUGCAUGAAACGAGAGCAUCAGAAUUAUUUAAAGCGUUUCCUCUGCUGUCAUAUGGGUUAAUUCAUUAAUUAAAUGGCAAUUAUGAAGAUUCCAUUUAUACUCAUAUUGAAGAUAAUUUUAAUGUAGGGUGGUCUAGAACUAAGUUUACAGAUGAGUGAAUAUUGGAUUGUAAACUGUGUUUGUUUGUUUUCUCUCACUCUCUUAUUCACUCUCAAGUUUCAGCUCUAUAACCUGUGGAUUGAAUCAGGGCAAAGGUUGUGUGUGUGUGUGUGUGUGUGUGUGUGUUUAUCACAAUAUAUCUAUGAAUUAGCUUACCAAUGCCAGGAUGUCUAUGUUGUAUCUCCCACAACUGUUUUGGUAAAAGGUCGUGUCUGUGCUUUCUUUAUCUCAUUUCUCUCUGAGUCAAAUCUCUCAAUGUUCUAAUUUUAACUCGGCAGCAGCCUCAGACUCUCAGAAGGGGUAGUAUUGUGAAACUACUUAUUUAUUAUGUAUUGAAUUUUAUUGUUAGCUGCCUUGGACAUUUUUUAGUGCAGAUGAAGAGGACCUCUCCAAAUCCCUGCUGUUCCAUGAUCUAAAAAUUGCUGUUUUCUCCAUGAAGAAAAAGCCUAUGAGGAAAAAUGGGGAAAUUUUGGGGGGGAAUUUUGAUCAGGGAAAGAGAGAAGGGAUACAUCUAAGUACAUCUAAAUCUCCCAAGACAGGGGUUGCCAACUUGGCAACGUGAAAGGUCAUGUCAAAUAUAUACACCCUGUAAGAGAAACUGCUUUUCCUGCUCAGCUCCUGUUUGCACUGGGUGGAAGCCCUGACAAUGAUACCAGUUUAACGUGGCUACAAGUAAAUACUGUAGAUCUGCUCUGACUAUCAUAAAGGUAAAGGUACCCCUGACCUUUAGGUCCAGUCGCGGACGACUCUGGGGUUGCACACUCAUCUCGCUCUAUAGGCCAAGGGAGCCAGCGUUUGUCCACAGACAGCUUCCGGGUCAUGUGGCCAGCUUGACUAAGCUAAGGUUACCAGAUUUUUUUCAUUGAAUCCAGGGACACUUUUCAACUUCAAUGGAUUUUGUGUGGGGACUGAUUUGUAAAUCCAGGGACUGUCCCCAGGAAACAGGGACAUCUGGUAACCUUAGACUAAGCCGCUUCCGGUGAACCAGAGCAGCGCACGGAAAACGCCGUUUACCUUCCCACCAGAGCGGUACCUAUUUAUCUACUUGCACUUUGACGUGCUUUCAAACUGCUAGGUUGGCAGGAGCAGGGACCGAGCAAUGGGAGCUCACCCUGUUGCGGGGAUUCAAACCGCCAGCCUUCAGAUUGGCAAGUCCUAGGCUCUGUGGUUUAGACCACAGCAACACCCGCGUCCCUAUCUGACUGUCAUAAUGAUGGCUAAAUAUACUGGCUUCUAAAGUUCAUCCCGAGCCCUUUCUCUGCAGCAGGUACGCCUCUAACUAACCUCAUGGUCUCUUCCGUAGAUGGGCCUGAUGAACCCGUGAUCAGCGUGGAGCCGUUUGCUGUAAACCAACAUGGCUUCUCAGCCAAUGAGCAAGAAGAGGUGAUCCUGACAUGCCUGGCAUCGUCUAAUCCACCCAGCCACUAUAUUUGGUUCUACAAUAGCUCCCAAGUCUACUCUGGUCAGAAGUAUGUGAUCACCAGGAUUUCAAGGACCCAAACAGGAAUCUAUACUUGCCUUGCUCAGAACAUGCACCUGAAUACACGUACCCAAACCGCCAUUAUCUUAACAGUCUACUGUAAGUAAUCCCUUCUCGUCUUGUUUGGGCAUGAGGCUCUGGCAUGUGCUGCUGCUCCUUCCUUCCCUCUGUCUUCUGGUUUUUAUUUCCUUCUACCUUUCCAAAUAUUGUCAUGGCUAAAGAGGAGACGGGGGGGGGGGGAGGGAUUAUUUGGUGUGUAGAGCAUCAGUAGGAAAUGAAGGCCAUGGGUGCCUCUUCUAGAGAUGUUUCCAUCUUUUGAUGAACCUAAAUGAUAGAGAAAGCAAAGCAGAAUGUCACCUGUCACAGAACAAAGAACUCACAACUUUCCUUUUUUUGAAAAACAAAACAAUGUACGGCAGAAGGGUGCUGAUGUCUUACUCUUUAGCUACAGUAUCUUAAUUGGGUUCUUCUGCAUAUGAGCCAAAACAAACUUAAUUUUGUUCUUUCUGGUCAGACGCUUCUAAUUUGGCUUUUUUGUUGUUGUUGUUGCAAAAAAGGAAUGAAAGAGAGUAAAGAUUUAUUUCCAUCUGCAUUUAUUUGGAAGGAACUAGUGUGGAGCGAAUGGGGUUGACAUUUUAUUAGGACUAAAAAGGGAGGAUUGCUUUGUUUGAUGUUCUUGUUAUUAUUUAUGUAGCUAACAGCAGCAGUAAGUAGCCAAGGAGACUUUUUCAAGUGGGCUGAAAGGGGUUCUUCUUUGUUGUUUAAUGUCUGAUGCAACAUUGGAAGAGGUGCUCGUUUACUCUGCAACCAGUGCACUUUCACUGCUGGUUUGGGAAGCCGUGUUCACACAACAUUAACCACAAUCCACAUCAAGCCGGUAUCUAUCUAUCCUGUUGUUUUUUAAAAGGGAAACACAGCAUUUUGAUGCAUUUCCCACAAACCGACUUCAAUCCAAAAUAAGAAAUAGAACGAGACAGCUGUGUUUUAAGCCAGUACAGUUGUACCUCGCAAGUCGAACGCUUUGUGAGUAGAACGUUUUGGCUCCCGAAUGCCGCAAACCCAGAAGUGAUUAUUCCAGUUUGCAAACGUUCUUUGGAAUCCAAAUGGCUGAUGCGGCUUCCGCAGCUUCUGAUUGGCUGCAGGAAGUUCCUGCAGCCAAUCAGAAGCCGCACCUUGGUUUCUGAAUGUUUUGUAAUUCGAAUGGACUUCCGGAACGGAUUCCGUUCAACUUCCGAGGUACGACUGUAAUUUGGACAUGGCCUUAGAAUCCACCUAGGAAUUCUUAAACCUUGCCCUUAAACCAGAGACCAAAUUGCAUGAUCUUCCAUCCCCAGUAAGUUGUUGUGGUGCCUCUUUACAUGUGUAGCAAUAGCAUUUUACCAGUCUUCCUGUACUGUACCACCUAGAACUGUAGGUUGGGGUUGGGGAUUUCUCCCUCUCUCUUUUCACACAGAAAACAACCCUGUCUGAGUUCAUGGCUGACCUACAGGCAAUAUGUUGUUUUCAUGUGGGAACCAGACAGGAGAUUUCCCCACCUGCAUCCUCAAAUGAUUGGCAGUCUAUGAAAGAUGAGUCAUGCAGUUCUGCUGCACAGGUGCGUUGGCUUUUAAGGAGUACAUUGGCAGCCAUCUUGGCUUGUGGACAUUAUUUUUUAAACACACACACACACACACACACACACACAGAGAGAGAGAGAGAGAGAGAGAGAGAGAGAGAGAGAGAGAAGAGUGAAAGAAAUGAAGCCGCAACAAGUGCAUCCGGCAACAAAACAUUGCAGCGUAAUGUACUUCUGUUCAAUCCGUGCCAUCUCUAGGAUUCUCUCUUCCACCCAACUCCACUAUGGGUUUCCAACCCUAUCUUGCCACAGUCAGACGCCAUCUGCACAAUAAUACAUUUAAAGGGGUGUCAUACCACUUUUUAUAUUAAUUUUUGUUUGGUUUUUCCAAUUAAUGUUUACAUUCAAAAUUGCAUAUAAAUCAAAACAAAUAUAAGAUUCAUUCAAAUCUAUAGACUUCCCUCUACCCUUCCAUGGGUUCCACAUUUAUCCUUUUCUACUUCAUUUUUUUAAGUCAUCCAGCUGAUUAAUUAUCCAUUAUGUUCAAAGUCUUUGUUACAUUACAAUUGUUAUCUGAGUCCUGUUAAAGAGUUCAAUUGUUUACACAGUGUUCUUCCAAGUACAAUAUAAAUUUCCCUCAUUCUUUAUUAAAAUUUUGCUCUUCCUGAUUUCCGAUUUCCGAGGUCAUUUUUGCCAUCUCAGCGUAGUCCAUCCAUUUAGCCUGCCAUUCAUCUCUGGUAGGGACCAGAGCAUCAUACUUCUUUAAACAGCCGUGACUUCCCACCAAGAUUCCCGGGGACUGUGGUUUGUUAAAAGUGCUGAGAGCUGCUAAGAGUCCCCUAUUCUCCUCACAGAGCUACAAUUGUCAGAGUGGUAUAACAAUCAAUCCCUCUUCCCAAGGAGCUCUAGGAACUGCAAUGCCACUGUGGGUGAAGCCUGUGGAGAUGUCAAAGGGAAUCACCUUCAUAGGUGCAUUUGAGAUGCUAAAGGGAAUCGCCUACAAUAUGCAUUUGACACACUCCAACAUUCUGCUGAUCCAAAUGGGGACGCUUGUUUGUUCUUUGGCCCCAAGCUCUCUGACUUGCACAAGAGUGUGAGACCAAAAAUAGAGCAUCUUUGGGUCCCAUGCUCUGGCGUGAACCAGCUGAUUUGCGCCAGAGUGCCAAACCGAAGAACAGGACAUUCCAGGAUCCCACCAGAAGCCAGGAUGGCUUCUGUAAUUCUGGGAUUUCCCGCUUAUAUUGGGAUGGUUGAGCAGGAUGGCUGUAAAUUGAACGACUGCGUGUGUCCAUGUUGCAAGAGGCAUACAUGGGAAUGCCAGUUCUUGCCUCUUGCCACCCAUUGGGCCCCAGGCAACAGGGAUGUACUGGGUGCCAGGAACUCCUCGUUGCUGUUGAUACCAUGUUUGCCCCCCCACGCACAGAUCUGCCCAAGGGGAAGCCCAGCUGCACUCCGCUGCCAGCCACCAAUUUCCAAGACCUUGCCCUGCGCUGUUUGUGGCAGGGAGGGUUCCCCCUGGUGCGGCUGCGGUGGGUGAAAUCCCGGUGGGGAGGAAACAGCACAGCGACCUACUCCAAUGCCACCCAGAUCCAUCAUGGCAAAGACGUUCGCAACGGGACCUCCUACACUUGCCUGGCUUCUCACCCGGCGCUCAGAGACGAGACCAUCUGCAGAACCACUGUGUGUGAGUAGUGACCUUCCUUCUCCUCCCAGUAAAACCUUUGUCCAUUAUUAUUAUUAUUAUUAUUAUUAUUAUUAUUAUUAUUAUUCCCCGCCCAUCUGGCUGGGUUUCCCCAGCCACUCUGGGCAGCUUACAGCAUAUGUAAAAACAUAAUAAAAACAUCAAGCAUUAAAAACCUCCUGAUACAGGGCUGCCUUCAGAUGUCUUCUAAAAGUUGUGUAAUCUGGAUGUUGAGGCUCAUACGCAGCCCUGGCUUGCACUGAAGGGCUGUGACUGGAUCAUGGGGAGAUAUCAGUUUGUAUGUUGUUGUUGUUUAGUCAUGUCCGACUCUUCGUGACCCCAUGGACCAGAGCACGCCAGGCACUUCUGUCUUCCACUGCCUCCCACAGUUUGGGGAGCUACUCAUGCUGGUAGCUUCGAGAACACUGUCCAACCAUCUCAUCCUCUGUCGUCCCCUUCUCCUUAUGCCCUCCAUCUUUCCCAACAUCAGGGUCUUUUCCAGGGAGUCUUCUCUUCUCAUAAGGUGGCCAAAGUAUUGGAGCCUCAGCUUCACGAUCUGUCCUUCCAGUGACCACUCAGGGCUGAUUUCCUUAAGAAUGGAUACAUUUGAUCUUCUUGCAGUCCAUGGGACUCUCAAGAGUCUCCUCCAGCACCAUAAUUCAAAAGCAUCAAUUCUUCGGCGAUCAGCCUUCUUUAUGGUCCAGCUCUCACUUCCAUACAUCACUACUGGGAAAACCAUAGCUUUAACUAUACGGACCUUUGUUGGCAAGGUGAUGUCUCUGCUUUUUUUUUAUAUCAGUUUGUAUAGAGAGCUCUCUACGUGCAGCACGAUUGGCGUUUAAACUUCCCCAUGCCAUUUUGGUCCGGGUUAACAGCAAAUCACGCUUCGCAAUGAGUGAGCCCCAUCCUAAUUUAAGGGCCCUUAGGACACGAGGCUCUCUGGCUUUGGUUUUUGUUCUUAAGUCCCCAGCUCUCAUUGUUCCAGUGAAAAGCUUGGGAACAUGUGGCAUGUAAUUUACACCAGGCAUUUAAAGCACAUUUGAAACACGUUUCCGAGGACAAUUCAAAGUGUUAGUGCUGACCUUUAAAGCCCUAAAUGGCCUUGGCCCAGUAUACCUGGAGGAGCGUCUCCACCCUCAUUGUCCAGCCCGGACACUGAGGUCCAGCUCUGAGGGCCUUCUGGCGGUUCCCUCACUGGGAGAAGUGGGUUUACAGGGAACCAAACAGAGUGCCUUCUCGGUAGUGGCACCCACCCUGUGGAACGCCAUCCCAUCAGAUGCCAAGUAAAUAAACAACUAUCUGAUGCUGUGGGUGGCGCUGUGGGUUAAACCACAGAGCCUAGGGCUUGCUGAUCAAAAGGUUGGAGGUUCGAAUCCCUGCGAUGGGGUGAGCUCCCAUUGCUCGGUCCCUGCUCCUGCCAACCUAGCAGUUCAAAAUCACCUCAAAGUGCAAGUAGAUAAAUAGGUACCACUCCAGUGGGAAGGUAAACGGUGUUUCCGUGUGUUGCUCUUGUUCGCCAGAAGUGGCUUAGUCAUGCUGGCCACAUGACCCAGAAGCUGUACACUGGCUCCCUUGACCAGUAAAGUGAGAUGAGUGCCACAACCCCAGAGUCGUCCGCGACUGGACCUAACGUUCAGGGGUCCCUUUACCUUUUAACAAUGAUUGAGUUUACUUAUUAUAUUAAAAAAUAUGCAUCAAUCAACCUAACAGGUUUUUGGAAAGAUGGGUAUUUUUGUAAUAUUUAGAAUAACAGAGUUAAUGAGAGUGUUCAAACUUACGCUGCUUCUAACUUUUCAAAUAAUACUAUUAGUAUUUGUAUACCGAUGUAUUUAUUUAUUGACUAUGAUCUGGUAGAAUCCCUGAUUUUGCUGUUUAAAAGGUUUAAUUUCAAUAAAUAAAUAUAUAUUUUUUAAAAAACAUAUUUUUGCACGCAUCACAAGAGCUAUGGAAGUGCAUCAUUUGAUCAUUAACUGUGUUCUGAUCAGGGCAUUAAGUCUGCGCAUACUGCAACUUAGGUCAGUUUGCCUUGAAACGGGAGGGCCAGAUGGAAUUCUCCAGCAGAAUUCUGAAGGCAGUGAGCCUUGGUGAGUUGUUAAGGCUAGAAAUCUGCCUCUGAAUUGUCCUGUUUGUGCCACAGGGGUCCCUGGUGGGAACCCGACCUGCAGCGCCGUAGCAACCAAGCAGAACGAAUUCCUCAUGCUGACCUGUGACUGGGCAGGCGGAGAACCCCGGGUGACUCUGUGGUGGAGAGACUGGAAGGACCAUGUGCUCGGAGGACUGAAACAAUCCCACAACAUCUUUGUCAUGAAAUCAAACGCCACCCUGGGGGGAAAGGAGUUCACCUGCGUGGCAGCCCACCCACUUCUCACAAGAGCUACUGAGUGCCGGGUCCGUUUGGGUAAGCAGAUGAGAACAGUACCUUUGGGAUGGGGCCAUAGCUCAGGGGCAUAGUGCACGUGAAACUCGAAAAACUAGAAUAUUGUGGAAAAGUUCAUUUAUUUCAGUAAUUCAACUUAAAAGGUGAAACUAAUAUACGUGAUAGACUCAUGACAUGCAAAGCGAGAUAUGUCAAGCCUUUAUUUGUUAUAAUUGUGAUGAUCAUGGCGCACAGCUGAUGAAAACCCCAAAUUAUGGGAUUACUGUGCUUGAUUGGCCGGCAAACUUGCCUGACCUGAACCCCAUAGAGAAUCUAUGGGGCAUUGCCAAGAGAAAUAUGAGAGACAUGAGACCGAGCAAUGCAGAAGAGCUGAAGGCUGCUACUGAAGCAUCCUGGUCUUCCAUAACACCUCAGCAGUGCCACAGGCUGAUAGCAUCCAUGCCACGCCACAUUGAGGCAGUAAUUGAUGCAAAAGGGGCCCAAACCAAGUACUGAGUACAUAUGCAUGCUUCUACUUCUCAGAGGUCCACUAUUUCUAUAUUUGCAAUCCUUGUUUUGCUGAUUUCAUUUAAUAUUCUAAUUUUCUGAGAUUGUUAAGCAAAAGCUUUCCCUAUCAAAUUCCUGCCUGGCACACAAUUGUUAAAAGGGGGCCCAAACGGGCACCUUUAUUGCCGACUUUUCUCAGGCUCUUCCUUCCUUCUUUUCUUCUUCUUCACAGAACCUCCUAAGCUUGUGGUAGACAGAUCCAAAGUGUCGCUGUUUGAAGGCAAUGAGGUUGAGCUGGCCUGUUUGCUCGAAGGCGCCUACCUGGGAUCAGAGGUCUUUUGGUACAACAACAAGAAUCAGGUUGUCAGGACGGAUGCUAGGAAAUACCGGCUGCAGCAGGAGAACGCCUGGCUUAACUUGACCCUUCGGGACACAGAGUGGAUGAAAGACAGUGGUACCUAUCGCUGCGCUGCCAUGAAUGCUGUGGGCAACACCUCUGCCAGCAUCAACCUGCUGGUUAAAAGUAAGCAGAUGCGUGAAGGUAAAGUGAAAAUGCUACGGCUGCAAUCCAAACCCAAGAUCUGCUGGGAUGUGUGGAGUUUGGAAUACGUUGAUCUGUGGCUGAGCCAGUUGAGCUUGGACUCAGCUGGGGUUGCACCAGUUGAAGUGUCUCAUCCCAGCUCAGAUGUGUUGACAUAAGUCAUCCAUCCUGGCUCAGCCAGGGCUCAGCUGAGGUAAAUUCUGCAAAAGGGGUGUUCCAGGGGAGCGUCAGAGGUAGGGUGGGGCUGGGGGAGACUUGCCCCUAUUCCAAACUCCAUUCUUUCUUUUUAAAAAAAUCUUUUUUAUUGAUUUUCCAAUAAAAACAGCCAAUCAGCAUAUCUGAAUCAUAAUCCAAUUAAAAAUAAUAAACUAAAAUAAAAAAAUGACCAAUUAUAGUCUAAAUUGUAAUUAUUAAUUUUUCCGGGCUCCCCAUAGUCUGGACCUCUGAAGCAUAUCUCCAAAUCUUCUAUUCCAAACUCCAUUCACAUGUCACAUGACUGAGUAACCCAGCAGAAUUGAUGCUGGGAAAAAGUGUGGUGUAAGUUUAAUUCUGUUUUAAAAGCUUGGUUCCCUCUGCCAGGCUUUAGCCAGCUCGCAAUAGGGGUAAAUUUCACGGCCAUAAUUUCUCCCACUAUAAAUUACGCUGGCUUCCUAUCGUUUGGAUUUCUCUGCUUGAUACUCUAAAGUUGGGUACUAUGGAUUCAAGGCAUGGAGAUGGGGGGAUGAGAUCCCACAACACAUUGACUGCUCUUGAUUGUGUUGAUGCAACAGCACAGCGAAUAACUCAUUUGUAGACAAAGUGUUUAUCCAUGGCUAUGUGCAACCUCCAGAUCCAGGGGACAGCAUCGCGUCUCCGAGUGAUAGUUUCUGUAGAGCAACAGCAGGAGCAGGGGGGGGGGGGUGGCUAUUGAUGUUGUGUCCUGUUUGUAAACUUCCCAAUAGGAUUCUUAUGCAUGCUAUCAUAAACCCCUUGGAGAAAAGGCAGGAUGUAUCUGCUGUGCAUUUUGGAAAGCUAUGUAUCUGGUGGGACGUGGGUGGCGCUGUGGUCUAAACCACUGAGCCUAGGGCUUGCUGAUUGGAAGGUCGGCGGUUCAAAUCCCCGCGACGGGGUGAGCUCCCGUUGCUCAGUCCCAGCUCCUGCCAACCUAGCAGUUCGAAAGCACAUCAAAGUGCAAGUAGACAAAUAGGUACUGCUCUGGCGGGAAGGCAAACGGCGUUUCCAUGAGCUACUCUGGUUUCACCAGAAGCGGCUUAGUCAUGCUGGCCACAUGACCCAGAAAACUGUCUGUCAACAAACGUCAGCUCCUUUGGCCAGUAAAGCGAGAUGAGCACUGCAACCCCAGAGUUGUUCACGACUGGACUUAACUGUCAGGGGUCUUUUACCUGUGUGGUGUAGUGGUUAAGAGUGGUAGUCUUGUAAUCUGGGGAACCGGGUUCAUGUCUCUGCUCCUCCACAUGCAGCUGCUGGGUGACCUUGGGCCAGUCACACUUCUUUGAAGUCUCUCAGCCCCACUCACCUCACAGAGUGUUUGUUGUGGGGGAGGAAGGGAAAGGAGAAUGUUAGCCGCUUUGAUACUCCUGAAGGGGAAUGAAAGGCGGGAUAUCAAAUCCAAACUCUUCUUCUUCUUCUUCUUCUUUACCUUUUAUGUACCUGGUAAGCAAAUUUUGCAUUAUAGUUUUUGAGAUCAAGGAGCAGGUUUUUGUCUCUGUUUAGAUACAGCUGGACACCAUUUUGAAUCAAGAUGGCGGACUGAAACAUUCCAAACUGCAUACAUUUGGACACCUCUUAAGAUAUAGUAACCCAAUUUUCCAUGUUCAAGGAGCAGGUUUUCUUUCUUUUUUUAAAAUAAUUUUUUAAUAAGUUUUUAGUUACAAGAAUCCAAAAUAAGCCUCAUUAUAUCCAUUUCAAAUCACAAUACCAAAUCAAAUAUCAAUUAAUCAACUUUCCAAUUGUAUAAAUUUGGUGGUUCCCCACAUGCUAGAAUUACAGAUUUGAUAAUUUCUUUUAAUUCUGCUUCCAAAAUCUAAUUUAAUCCAGUUACAUGCCAAUCAAAAUAAUAAUCCGUAUUCAGCAACUGCAGUAUUUAGAACUUCUAUUCGUGUUAACACAUUCAAUAAUCUAUUAAUCUACAAGUGAAGAUCUGUAUCCUUUUUACUGCAUGUAGUAAUUAUUUAUCCAUAUUAUUUCUUUUUAUCUUUGACAAAUGUUGUGCUCUCAAGGAGGAGGUUUUCAUCUGUGUUGGGGUACAGCUACCGUAUUUUUCGCUCCAUAAGACGCACGUGACCAUAAGACGCACCUAGUUUUUAGAGGAGGAAAACAAGAAAAAAAAUAUUCUGAAUGAAAGAGUGGAUGUAUCAUUUUUGUGGUUCAUGCUGUGGCCACAGACAUGUGAUCUGAUGGUGAAUUUGGGGUGACCCAAUGCAAAAAUCCUGAGGAUCCAUGUGCUUUUACCUCCCCCCUCCCAGGUAGCCUCCUUUAUCUCUAGCGUCCCUUAUCUCUCCCCCCGAUCAGCUGCUUCCUUUCAACACCCCCUUCCCUCUUUCAAAAAAAAAAAGCAUGAUCUGCUUUUCGCCCCUGGGCAAUUCGGCUCCAGGGACCACGCAUUCGCUCCAUAAGAUGCACAGACAUUUCCCCUUACAUCUUAGGAAGAAAAAAGUGCGUUUUAUGGGGCAAAAAAUACGGUGAAUACCAUUUUGAAUCAAUACGUGAACUGAACCUUUCCAAAGUGCACUGAAUUUUUGAUUUCUUGGAAUUCCCAAGCAAUGGCAGGUAUGAGGUUUGCCAAGACUGACUGACUAACUGAAUACCCUUCUCCUCCUUUGCAGAGUACCCCUCCCCGCCCAAUGUGACAAUCAGCAAGCUGAUGUACACUCGCCACCGCACAGAGGUGGAACUGGAGUGGCAGACCCAGGGCUCAGGGAACUUGACCAGCUUUGUGGUCCAGAUGAGGGAAGCAAAGAAGGCUCCCAAAAACCAGCUGGCCAGCAGCUGGGAAACAGUAGUCAGCGAUAUUGACCCUGACACCCGCGACCAGAGGCUGGGCGGGCUGGAUCCUGCAAUUGUGUAUGCCUUCCGCAUCUUGGCUGUCAACCACCGGACGACUGGGCACCCCUCUGAAGUAAAGACACCAGGUGACGUGGGUAGCUAGGGUGACAGCAUUCCUCUGCAGGCUGUGACAGAAGUCAACUUGGGAGCUGUGGUGACCCCCUUCCUAAGGGCCACAUGGUAGAUUCAUGUGAGCCGGGGGAAGAGCUGGGCAUCUGGAUGGGGGGGGCAAACUUAGCCCUUUCUCCCAAGAAGCAAUCAAUUCUUUUCGGAUAUGUAAGAAAUAAUAUGAUCGGUUGGUGGUUUGUUUGUUUGUUUUAAUGGGACUGAUGCAAUAAAUAAACACAUCUGUUAAUUAGAUUCGAAGGCUGUUGGGUUUCAGCUCUUAUCUGGGAAGACCCAGAUGCUUUAUAUUCAGACUUUGAUUUGCACAGUCUGCUAUAUCCAUAUAGUCUUCUGAGUGAUUCAGAAUUUAGUUUAAUAUUUUGUAUUGACAAUUGCUCAGUCACCAUUGAUCUCCAAGUGAUGUAGUUGCGAUUACUUCUCCCACUGAUAUGAACAGAUUAGGCAGAAGGAAGAGGCUUUCCAUCCAUGCCUUUAAAAACCCAAAUGCCAAUCCAUUUGGUGCAAAGUUCUAAAAGUUGGUUAAAGGGACUCUGCAGAAAAUAUAUAUUUCUCUAGACCAGGGGUGGGGAAAUGGAGACCCUCCAGAGGUUGCUGGAGUAGCAUGGGCAAUGGUCAGACAUAAUAAGAACACAAGAGGAUCCUGCUGAAUCAAGCCAAUGGCCCAUCAAGUACAGCAUUCUGGUCUCAUAGUAGCACAGAUGCUCGUGGAAAACCUGCAAGUAGGAUUUAAGCACAAGAGCACUCUUCCUUCCUGUGGUCUUCAGCAACUGGUUUUCAGAAGCAUUACUGCCUUCAACUAUGGAGCCAGCCAGAGUACAGUCAUUGUGGCUAGUAGCCUUUGAUAGCUCUCUCCUCCAUGAAUUUUUCUUCCAUCCUUUUUUAGAGUCAGACAACAUCUGGAAAGCCACAGGUUCCCCACCCCUGCUCUAGACUGAAGGAACUUCCCUCCAUCUUUUCAGAGCUUGGCUGUGUAACAGUGUGAAUUGGCUGAUCCUUGUGUCAGUCAUGAGCCAUUUCUUCAUCCCUAACAGAGCAGAUUUCAGGAUGUAAAUAGGGAGUGUGUGUUGGGAGAGAGCACAAAAAACCCCGAACAAACAUUAAAAGUGGAUUCUUUUUUCGAGUGGUUUGUGGGGGAGUGAAGCAAAUGCCCCCUUCUCAAACUAUGGGGAGCAUUUCAAAGCUGGAGGUGGUACGUGUGCCAUUUGAGGGCUGCAAAAUCUGAAUCCACUUCGCUUGGAAGAUAAGUGUUUACAUGAAACCCUGUGGCAGUUCAUUCUCUGUGUCUGUCUGGUGGAGGUGGUGGGUUAAAUCACAAAUGCAACAUGAUGGAGCAGAACAGCCACAGGGGGAGGAUGGCUGUGGGGUAAUCUCAUUGUGGGGAGAGUAGAUGUGUUGCAUAGGCUGCCCUGUGAGUUAAGACCCCAUAGCUCUGGGACAGAGCAGGUGCUUUGCAUGCAGAAUGUCCCAGGUGGUAGGAUCAAGUAGUAGCAGAUGAUAAGGAGGACCUACCUGAGACACCCUGAAGAGUUGUUGCCAGUCAUAGCAGACACAAUCCUGGGUUAGCUGGGAGCCAAAGCCAGGUUAGAUGAGAAACAGGAUAGAGGGGGAAGUGCUUCUUGAGUCUGGAAUGUGAUUGCAGUGACCAGAAAGAACCUGCUUCUUGCCAUUGCUUCUCCCAGUGCCUUUGCUUUUGCUCCCUCUCUGUGUGUGUUCAAUUGUGCUGCUGUUGCUGAUCUUCUUUUGCAUCGGGGAGCGGCUCAGCUUCCUCUGCUUUUCUUGUCUUGCUGCACUGCAUGAGGCUGGAUUUAGAUUUGCAAAACCAAGUGGUACAGGCUGCUGCAUGCUACAGGGAUCAGGCGGGGCAAAUUAUAUCUGAUGGGUGAGUUGUUGUUUGUUUUUUUUUGGGUGGUUUUCUUUUUCUUUUUGGAUGGAGUUGUCAUUCCUGUGCCCCAUCAUCUCUCCUUAAUUGCAUGGUUUGGUUAAUCCUUCCUGCCAUGGAUUAUUUUCCUUCGUCUUCUUCUUCUGGGAAGUGUUCUCCGCCCUCCUAUCUAAGACAUGCCCACCAGGCUCAUUGGAAAGGAAUUGCUUCUUCGCUUGCUAGCUUGGGGUUCCUUCGAUAUAAACCCCUGCCUGUCAUUUGAGUGGGUUUGACAGAGCUGGGCUUUCACUGCAAGAUCUCCCAAACAUACGAAAAAUGAGAUCUCUUGACAAAGGAGGAAAGGACCAGGUUAUUUGAUCAGAGAUGGAAGAUCAAGACUGCAUCCAGUGGAUCAGCCCUCAGCCUCUCUGAAUUCAGCCAAACAUUCUGGAUUAACAGGCUCUGUAAUGUCUAUAACAUAUACAGUGAGAGCACAUUUAAAGCACAUUAUGAUGGGGUGAGCUCCCGUGGCUCGGUCCCAGCUCCUGCCAACCUAGCAGUUUGAAAGCACGUCAAAGUGCAAGUAGAUAAAUAGGUACCACUCCGGCAGGAAGGUAAACGGCGUUUCCGUGUGCUGCUCUGGUUCGCCAGAAGCGGCUUAGUCCUGCUGGCCACAUGACCCGGAAGCUGUACGCCGGCUCCCUCGGCAUAUAAAGCGAGAUGAGCACCGCAACCCCAGAGUCGGCCACAACUGGACCUAAUGGUCCCUUUACCUUUUACUUCCUUUAAAGAGUCAUGGGGACUGUAGUUUACCCCCCACAAAGCUACACUUCCGAGCACCCAUAACAAAUUGCAGUUCCCAGGAUUCUUUGGGAGAAUUCUCAUGCUUUAAAUGUAUGGGGCGGAUGUGACUUGUCACUGGGAACCUUUUGCAGAAUUCUCUGUCGCAAAGAGAGAUUGUGUGUCGCUCUUCUCCAACACUUGUUGCCCUCCAAGUGUUGGGACUCCCGUCAGUCCCAACCAUUAUGGUCAAUGGCCAGGAACGAUCAGGACUGUAGUCAAAUAACAUCUGACGGGCACCAGGUUGGGAAAGCCUGAUCUGAGCACUGAAAGCUCAGAUACAUGUGCAAAGGUGUCAUUCUAGAUGUUCAGCUGAUCAAACAGAGCCUGGUGGCAGAGCCCAUUUUCCCCACCCAUUAUAUGUAUUUCUUGCACAUCCCAUAUUGCAUAAUAGGGCUUGUGAUUGCGUGAUGCCAUAGAGGGAAGAUACAGUUUGCUGUACCAUACGGCAGACACACACACUGCAAAAUUAUGUCGGUCUCACACCAGUUUGUUAACUGCCAGUGGCUUCUCAGCGUUCUUAUGGGGUACUGUAGUUUGAUCAGGUGCUCUGAGUUUCUUAGCUAGAAGCCUUUGGAUCUCCCUUACGGAACAACAGUUUAUAGGAUUCCCUGUUCCCUUUGUGGGGGAGGAUCCUUGUUCACAACCAUUUCCAGGUCCUAAAGGUGCAACUAGAGAACAGCUUCUCAUGGUCCCAUUGCAGAUUUUGACAUGAUCAGCUGUUUAUUGUAAAAUCACCUUAGCUCAUUUGCUCACAUUUGUUAUGGCAGAUGGGGAAAAAGGGAUACUUGGAGGGUCUGUACUGGAGACAGUAUACAGCCGGCCACCAUAACUCCUGGAGAAUUGAAGAAACAGCACUUAUCUCUAGGACUGUGGUGCCCCAGAAACUAUUUGUGGAACUUAUAUAGUUUAUGAUGCACACAGCAAUGUUUACAGGCUCUGUAAAGGGGCUUCUCUUUUGGGUUCCUUGUUGACCUGGGAGCCAAGUUCCACCUGCAGUCCAGUUGUUCUGCCUUCUGCCCAAUAUUCCCCGCACAUCUUGGCUUAACUCUGCUGGUGCCAGGCGAAAACGGCUGCCUCUCCCCUCCAUAUGGGCAGCAGCUGUUGCAACAAGUCUGGGUGCAGGUCGGGGACAGCUUUAAGGAAGGUGCAAAACCAAAACGAAACACUCAAGAAAAACAAGCAAACUAUUUUCUUGGGAAAAUGGAGGAGAUUGGAAACAGAUGCGGCAGCCUGGAAUGAGCAGGCUCCCUGGGAGGAGCCUGAGGAGAGUUUGUGUAAAGCCUCACUGAGGGCUUCCUUUAGCAGAGAAAGAAUUCUCCAAUAGCACAGUGCUGCCAAGGACCAACUGGCAUGUUAAUGUGGACAAUCUGUGAUUGGCUUUUAUGACUCCCCCCCACAAAAAAGCUUAAAAUCAGCGUCAGGAGAGUAAUGGGUGAAUCGGAGUGAGGCAGAGGUGCUCCUGAUGGUAUCAGGGUCAUAGCUGUCAACGUUUCCCUUUUUUAAAGGGAAAUUCCCUUAUUCAGAAUAGGAUUCCUCACAAGAAAGGGGAAAAGUUGACAGCUAUGAUCAGGUGGUUGUUAGUCACCCAGCUUUCGAUACUGUUUGUGCCUGCAAAAUUUCAGUGUAGGCAAUAUUGCUUCAUUUCCAGUCCACACAGUUCCUGGGACUUCUGCUGAAAUCUGGUAACUGUUCAUACCACAAAUGCUCCAUUCUGCCCCAUUCCACCCCCUGCUUUUGCUGUGCUAUAGCGCAAGAGUGCCUCCCCAGACAGCAACAACGCGGUAAUAUUAGGGGAUCAUAAUAGAUCGACCAAUGAAAUGGAAUGAGGAGUGGAUGCUCCUGUAUGAAUCCAGCAGCAAUGCAUUAGUCACAUAUUUAGCAGAAUGCACCCGCCAAAGGAAACACCAGUUUGCAGGGGCCCUAUGUGAAAGCCGAAAUUCGAAAGAUGCUCAGCAGAGGCAAUAUUUAGAACCUCGUUUCCACAGACUGGUAUGCCGGAAGCCCCUGUGAUGUGUGAUGCUGAGAUCCAUUUGCUAUAGCAUGUUCUGGGGUCCUGAUGAUCCAGUUGUGGUAUGACUCUGUGGCCUUCAACAGCAGCUUCCUCUCUCUUGCAGCCGACCCUCCUUUUAACGCUUACCCUGCAGUGAUUGGUGCCGCAGUGGCAGGAAUGAUAGUGGCAACAGUUACAUCCCUCCUGGUGUUCCAGUACAUCAUUCGGAACCGGGAGAACAAUCCAAGUGAGUGUCUGACUGCUGGGCAAUUGCCCUCCCUGCUGCUGCUAACUCAAGGGGUUCCACAAAGACCUUCCAAGAUUGGGGUGUUAUUCAAGGCAUCUCUUCAAGGGCAAAGAAUAAAGGGCCUUGAGUCAUGGGGAGGUGGGGGGUGACCACAGGCCCUGUGGCUGAAUGUGGCCCUGAGGCAUCUCUAUUUCACCCUCGGGAUUCUCACUAGACUCCCCCUUCUUCUCCAGGACACACCUCUUGGUGUAGGCAUUAUCUUGGUACAGAUUAGAAUCAUAGAGUUGGAAGGAACCCAACCCCCUGCAAUGGACGGUCUCCCAUCCAAUCUGAAACCAUGUCGGACCCUGCUUAGCUUUGCAAAUGUGCUCACAGUUUUAUUCCUGCACCACUAGGAGGGCAUAUGCUCAGCCUCUCCCCUCACCCCCAUUUCUUUAUGAUGCACUUACAUUUUAUCUGUCUUGUGCCACAAUUGUGUUUCGACUCUGUAAGCUGCACUGAAAUUGUUGGAAGCUGCUGCUGGUCAGUGUUGACAAGACAAGAGAUAGAUGGUCUGACUCGGCGCAAGGCAGUUUCCCAAGUUCCUCCUCUUGCUCAGCAAGUGCAGCUGAAGUCUGAUGUGGAGCGAAGCAGAGAGACAAAGAAGUCAAAAUAGCACAGCCAUCCAGGGGUACAAUCAGUGGGGCCUUGCCUAGAUAACAUGGUGAUGCAUUGUGGUGUGUACUGAACUGAAACAGGGUGGAAUAGAUGAGACAGAGAAAGAAAGAGAGGCAGAGAGAGAGAGAUCCACCAUGACGCCUACAGCCCCCAGGUUAGUGACCAGGGGGGCUCUCUUCCCAUCUGAACACAACAAAGGUAUAAUGCCAAAGUAGAUCAAGUGAAAUGUUUCCUAUAGCCAUGCAAAGUCAUGAGUCCGUUCUGCUUUUGCUCGAAGCAAGUGGCUCGUUGCUGCAGGACAGAUUUAUUUCUUGCACUGGAGAAACCUGGUGGUCCUCCAGAUCUUGCUGGAGUCUGACUCCCAUCAGCCUCUACCGGUGUAGCCAAUAGUGUAGCCAGGUUUAGUGCUCAGGCUUGUACCCUGGGGAGGGCACUUCACUGCUGCUAAUGCAGCCAUUGGACUUCACCCCCGGAGGCACACUCCACUGGCUCUCGAGACAGAUGCCAGCCAAUGGCACUGUAGCCCAGCAACACCUGUUCUCCAACAGGUUCUCCACCCAUGCUACAAACAUGUCUUGUGAGGGUGAGCCUCAUCUCUGAAGCUCCCUUUCCCUGGGUUUUGAGGACGGGGUUUAAUUUUGCCAUUGUUCCUGCAACAUAGUUCUAAAGAUGUGGUCUCUUUGCUUUAUUAUGUUACAGGGUUACACGACCUGCUCUUCAGAAUGUAAGUGGUAGCUUCUAUUCUUUGCCUCUUAUGUCCUCUGUCACUCAUCGAUUCCUGCUCUCAUUUGCUCUUGUUGACUUAUGUUAGGGAUAGCGAAUAUGGUCCAGCCUUACAGAUAUUGGACUAUAACUCCCAUCAUUCCUAAUCAUUGCCUAUGCUGGCUGGAGCUGAUGGGCGUGGAGAACAACAUAUGGAGAGCAACCUCUUGACUGCAAGUGGUCUGCAUUCACAGCUCAAACAGCUAGACCCCAUGGAACACUUUAUGCCAAAAUAAAUGUUCUUCCCAGAAUUUUCCUUUGCUAAUUUUGAUGUCAGAGCUUGUCAGAGUUGGGUUGUAGGCAGCUGUUGAGCAAGAAUUGAUAGGCACGAAUCAUAAACCAGGAAUCACAAGACAGGAAUCAGAUACAGCAAAGUCUGUUGUGGCCCUGUCAAUGUUCCAGUUUGAACAAGAAGUCAUAGAAUUGGAAGGGACUGUGAGGGUUUUUGCAUCUCUUCCUGCAGCAAACCAAUGGCAAGCUACAGGUGCUUCAGGAGCCCUUGCUGUAGGUAUGGGGACCCUGAAAUUCUCCAGAUGUUGUUGGACUGCAACACUCAUCAGCUCCAUGCAGCAAAGUUCAAGGCUGAUGGGAAUCAGAGUUCAACAAAAUUUGGAGGACCUCUGGUCCCCCCACCCCAUCUUACUGCCCAGAAUAUAAACUGUGACUUGCCACCUAGAUGGCUCAGGAGAUGGGAGGAAUCAUGAAUUUCAUGGCUUUGCAGUGUGUGUAUAUGUCAGUGUGUACACACACUUCCAGAUAGCCUUUAAAUAUUUUGUCAAUACUGAAUAUCUACUGCCAUUUGAUUUCAAUGUUUCAUAUAUGACCUCGAUGCUUAUUUUUAAUAUUUGGUUGUUGCUGUUUUGUGUACUGGCUGUCAAAUUUAGCAUUUAUAUAUAUAUAUAUGAUUUUAUUUAUAAUUUUCGUUUGUAUACAUUACAACAACUACUCAACCAUAAUUUUAACAUUUCCAACUUCAACUCCCUUCCCCCUCUUUUUGUGGUUCUUUACAUUUAUUUUCAUCCUUUCCCGCGUACUCCAAAUUAUCUUAACUUUUUAUUUUCUUCAUCUAUUCUUAUAUAUAUAUAUAUAUAUCUCAUAUAUAUUUUUGAAGCUGCAGGUUUUUAGAAUAAUCCUGCCAAUGUCUCGAUCAGUUUACAGCUCAUUUGUAAAUGCUCAAUAAACCAUUUCCAUUGCUAUCUAAAAAGUCUGUUAUCUUGAUUUCUUAUUCUUCCGGUAAGUUUUGCCCUUUCUGAAUUAGUUUCUGUAACCAUUCUUCUCUCGUUGUGACCUCUUCUUCCUUCCAUUUUUGGGCAAAUAACAAUUUUGCAGCUAUGGUGCCAGGCUUAGCAUUUGGCAGAAGAUGUCAGUUGACAGAGACCUUACGACAAGAAUGUUACUUGCCCCCAAAUGGAAAGAAGCAGAAGUCCCAGUGAAAGAAGAAUGGAUACAAAAACUUACGGAAUAUGCAGAAAUGGUGAAACUUACCGGAAGCAUAAGAAAUCAGGAUAACAAACUUUUUAUAAAAGAAUGGAAAUGGUUUAUUGAGUAUUUCCAGAUAAAUUGUAAACAGAUAAGAACAUUGGCAGGACUAUUGCAAUAACUUGCAGUUUCAUUAGAGUAUAUAUUUAAAGAAGAUGAAUCAAUGAACAAAUUAAGUUAAUUUGGAUAUGCAGAAGAUAUUAAAAAUAAAUUUGAGGAACCGCAGAAAUAGGGGGAAGGAAUUCAAGUUUUGAAAUGUCAAAAUGAUUGCAAAAUCAGUGAAAUGUAUAAAUUUGAAAAGGAGAGAGAGAGAGAGAGAGAGAGAGAGAGAGAGAGAGAGAGAACUUAGGAGAUUUUAUAUUGGACACUUGCCAGAGUAAAACACUCAAGAAAAGCCCAAGCUCCACCCAAGUCUAAAGAACCGAAAUUGUGAACACAUGAUUGUAGGAAUAGUAUGGAUGUGAGAGAGCCAAAAGACUCGAGAUGUUUCUAGCUGUGUCUUCACUUUUUCCUUCUAUGUCUCUUGUGUACACUCCCUUUUAGGGCUGGCGGAGAAGCCCGUGAGCACAUCAGCACUCCAGAAGAUGCUGAGACAGCAGCAGGGAUGGAAGGAGGGACCAGUGAGCAGCUUGGAGAGCCUUCCACGGAAGCCGAGGAAACAGCAGCAGGUAAACCGAUGGCAGACCUCCACCAUCACCGGAUUAACAAAGUUGACUUGCAUCCAAACUAGGCUUCUACUUGUGGGAGCAUCCCCUAAGUGGAGUUCCGCUCGUGUGAAGCUCCCACCAGGGGAAGAAUUGGUGUGGUUAUCCCUUUUCUUGGAAAACCCAUUGUGCCUCUGAAAAUCUACUCUGGAGGACUGGCAACCACAGCAGGAACUGGUGACUCACAUGUGUGGACAAAGGCACCAAUGAGUGCAGAUUUUACAUGCCUUUUGACAUAGUGCAGCUCAGUUCAUCCAUUCAGAAACUUGGUUCUCUGGAAUGGAAACGGUUGUGUAUUUAUAAGUACAUAAAUGUCACUGCCAUUCCCAGUUUCGAAGAGGCAAGCUCUCUUUUAAACUGAACAGCAGCUUGCCUCUUUGGGAGCAGCAGCAGCGUCCAACUUUCCUAAUUAGGCACAUGAAUCUGUUCUCUCUUUUUGUAAUUGAAGCUGGAAUUUUGUAUGACGAGAGUUUGGUUUUCAUUGAAAAAUAUAGGAAGUCUCAGCGCCCUCCUGCCCUGCUUCUGUUCAGUCACAUUCCACGAUUCUGACCGUGCUGAGUCGCUGCAUUCCCCAAAGCACACAAAAAGAUCACACGUAUACAAAACAAACUCCUUGCACCCAACUUGCCAUUGUUAGGCAUUGUUUCUGUGUGCCUGCAAGCACAAAACCUGCAUUUCAUUGGGACAAAGUGUCGGACCUAGGAGUCAACAAUCUGGGUCAACAAUCCCUCCCUUGUUUUCCCCAAACGCUCUCAUCCUGCAAAAAUAGGGGCUGGUUCUCUGCCCCAUGUUCUUUUGCAAAGGGGGAGGGAAGGGAUUUCUCUGAAGUGUUCAGAAGUGGGUGCAGCUCACCUGACUGGGUCUUGCUAGGACGUGUGACCUGUGGGAAGAGUCUCGUGCUCCUUCCCACGAGCCGCACUUCCUGGAAUGCCUUGGAAGGGAUGCAACACGCAGUGAUGUGGCAACGCUGGUGAGAAAUUACAGAGACAGGACAAGAGCCUCACGCCACUGCAAAUGAUGUGGGGCUAAAUGGAAAAGCCUUGGCAACCUCAAAAGGUUUAAUUGAGGUAAAGGGCAGGCCUCUCUUCAGAAAAUCUCUCCCCAUCUUACUUUCCUUUUGCCCCUUUCCAAUGAAUGGUCCAAGGAAGGAAGGAACUUAGUAACAGAUUCUAGCAAAAAAUUACAGAGACCUGUAUAUGCAAAUGUUUGUAGCACCAAAAUGUACCUUUUCUCAAUUUGGAGUUGUCAACAUGCUGCUUUCAGUCUAGGUUUAUUGUAGAUCAGGAACCCCCAAACUCAGCCCUCCAGCUGUUGUUGGACUACAAUUCCCAUCAUCCCUGACCACUGGUCCUGUUAAGCUAGGGAUGAUGGGAGUUGUAGUCCCAAAACAGCUGGAGGGCCAAGUUUGGGGAUGCCUGUUCUAGUUCUUGCUGUUCAUGGCUGGGCAUGGCUACUUGAUACACAUUUGACAAGCUUCCUUUGAUUAGAUUUCCCCUGCCUUUUCCUCACCGCGCACGAGGCAGGUGAAUGAAGAAGGAAGUGGUUGCAAUCUUGUUAUAUGCCCACUCACAAUGCCAUUACGCAGAUGUGGAUAUAUCCCCCAGUUGCUGGGACUUCCUCCAUUUCUUUCCAAAUGGACACCUGGCAGGGUAAUACAGAAUCGAAUAGCAAUGAGUCCUUCUCUUCAGAAAGGGACUUAUUUCUCAAGAAGCACUUUUCUGGGCAAAAAAUAUGUGCCAUAGGUCUAGAUCGUGUGCGGGCUACAUUAAAAAAAACAAAAAACCCCUCAAGUAUGCAGUUUCCAUUGAUUCUAGAAUAGAAUGUCAUGUGUACAUAGGCAGAAACUAUUGACUGCCUUUCGUUUUUAAAAAUGUAUGUUUUAUUUUUCAUUUUUUGAAAACAACAUUCUUAUACAUUUAAGACAUUUUCAAUUUCUAUACAUCUGGGACUGCUUAGAUCCCUGGACUCCCCACCCCUCACCCCUGGUUUCCAAUUUUCCUUUUCAUUCUAUUACAUAUAAUUACAUUUAUCUAAUCCGUUUUAUCUCCUUUUUUACCUUAAAUCAUAUUACAUUAUAAGUGCGAUAACAAGCCUGCUAACGUUUUUAAGUAUCUACAGUGGUCUUUAAGAUAUUCUAUCAUUCUUUUCCUCACUCAUGACUAUUUUUUUUUAAAUCAUCUUGUUGUCUGAUCUUCACGGUCAUCUUUGCCAUUUCGGCAUAAUCCAUCAUCUUGGUUAGCCACUCUACUUUGGUUAGGACUUUCUCUUCCUUCCACUUCUGGAUGAGCAGCAUUCUUGUGGCUGUUUUUGCAUACAUAAAUACUCUUUUAAAGUCUUUUUGCAUUUCGUCUCCUGUUGACUGCCUUUCCCCCAUCAGCUCACAAGCAGUGGCAUAGCUAGCUGCUCAGGCACCCGGGGCGGCGCAAAUGCCCUAAACCUGGGGGAGGGCAAGCCAGGACAGAGCAUGCUGUGCAGAACCUCCAUGGUGUCCACAAGCCCCACGUUGCCAUUUCAGGCAGCGUGGAGCCUGCAGGUGCCUGAGCCACUGCAUCACUCCCCAAGAGAGAGGUGUGGUUCAGGCACCUUGCAGGCCAGGCCCACGAUCACCCUCCUCAGUGAUGACCCGCACCCACCGCACACCCCUUCCUAUGCCACCUCUCACAAGUACAGUGGUACCUCGGGUUAAGAACUUUAUUCGUUCUGGAGGUCCGUUCUUAACCUGAAACUGUUCUUAACCAGAGUUACCACUUUAGCUAAUGGGGCCUCCUGCUGUCGCUGCCACCGCCGCCACACAAUUUCUGCUCUCAUCUUGAAGCAAAGUUCUUAACCCAAGGUACUAUUUCUGGGUUAGCAGAGUCUUUAACCUGAAGCGUCUGUAACCCGAAGCGUCUGUAACCCAAGGUACCACUGUUCCUUAUAUACUUUGUGCAUGUGUUUCUUCCUUUUACAGAGGUUAGCCCCGGGGAGGGUACAGAAGCCCCAGAGGAUUCGGCCGUUGCCCAGGAAGAAGCCCCAGCUCCAGCGCCUGUCCCAGAUCCCACUGCUGAUGACCCUCCAGUUAAUGUGACAAUCACAGUGACUGCCACCCCAUGACCACCAGGAAAUCUGACUCCCCGGUAGUCAAAAUAGCUUGGGGAGAGCUAUUCAGGUCAAGAAGGGGAGGACAGUAAUAUGGGGAAGGAUUGCAAUGCUUGGGGGAAACUGGAGGGAGAUAUCAGACCGCUCCUUGAAUCAGGCAAGAUCUUUCUCAUCGCAGACCCUGAAGCUCCUUCCUCUCUGAAGGCAGAAGGCCACAUCUAAGCGCUAGCCACAGAAUCAAAAGGCUCCUUGCAGCAAAUAAGGGGUAGCCUGUGAAAAAUCUGGAAGAUGCCUUCCUUAGAGAAAGAAAUGUGCUUCUUUCCUUCCUCUUUGUAGAAGCUGGCUGGGCAGUUCCUGGUCUAGGAAUGACGACUAGGAAGCCUCAGAGGUGCCACUUUAGUUUGCAUGUGGUUACUGAAGAUUCAGAGACCUCAUCUGGGAGACCUGGGACAAAAUCCUGUUAUCCAACAGAUGCUGGCUUCGUUGUACAUUAGUGGGCGUGCAGAAAACCAUUGCUGAUGAUUGGUUGCCGCUGUUAAACAGUCUGAUGCACUG